AUGAGAAGAAUAGCUGAUCUUAAGAUCGGGAACAAGAAGCGCUUGAUUCCAAGAGAGACAUGCAAGCCUGAGUUCCAGAUUCCCAGGGACUUGGUAUAUCUGAUUGGAAAAUACGAUAGACGUCUAAAGGCUCUGUGCAAAUCUGUGCCUCCAAGGGAAGUACCCAUUCUUUCGCCGUGGAGGAAACCAUAUGAGAGGAAGGUGUAUUAUGAGGCAAGGCCUGCAUUUGACGUCGACCUCCACCCCUUUAUCAACCUUCGGGUCCUGAGGGUCUGUGAUUCGUGUUCUUUUGAUUUGGCUUCGAUCAACAAUACAUGCAUUAGAAAGCUGAGCAUUCUAAAAGUUGCAAAUGUAAAGAUGAGGAGCAACAUAGACACUGUGCUGCAGGAAAUAGUUAUGAGGGACACUACUGUGGCGUAUGAGGAUCUUAUGAAUAUUCUUGGUGUAGGGUCACUAGUAAGUGUGUCACUAGUGAAUGUUGAUGUCUUAGGAUGCCAUGAGUGGAGAGAAGGCCUUAUGAAAAAGCUCCAAGAGAUGCCAAAAUUGAAGAAGAUAGAGCUUGUCAACAUGGGAAUUGACUUUCAAUCCUUCGUUGACCUGUGUAUCUCAAGGGAGUUGGUAUGGUUUAAGAUUAUUGAUGAAGGGGUCUGUUUGGAUGUAAGACUGUGUUCUUUUGUGAACGCUGUACGAUGCAUGGGCUUUCUGAAGUGCCUUACCAACCUUGGUCUCGAGAUGGCAGAGAUAAUGUAUGUUGGAGGAAGAGACUUGAAGUGUAUGAGGGAAAGUCUUCCUAAUUUGAGGCUGCUUCAUGUGACAGAGGCGGAGAUCGACAGUAGGAUGUUCAAGACGGUAUAUUUGAGAUACCCAAAUUUGGUUGGGCUUGGGUUUGUUGGAUGUACUUUUGAUGGGGCUUCUUUCUAUGAGGUCAUCAUGCACUUCAAAGGUUCUCUAAGAUAUUUGGACCUUACCUCGUCCAGACUUCCACAUGAUUAUGUUUCUUUUCUGAAGAAGACCUUGAGCUUCUGCUCCAUAAAGUUGAAGAGUGGCGAGUUUAUUAUGAUUGGGGGGAGAUCCUCUGUAUCAUUACCAGGUUAG